AUGGAGAGAAGGUGCGUUUUGGAGUCAUGGUCAAAGGCGGAAGUGAGAGCUGUUAUCCGCUAUGAAUGGGCACGUGGAGUAUCAGGUACAGAAAUUAACAACCGCCUUGUUGAGGUGUAUGGGUCAGGUGUGAUGUCGAGGCAAACGGUGCGGAGAUGGUGCCAGAAAUUCAGAGAUGGACGUCAACAAGUGCAGGAAAUACCGAGACUUGGACAGACGCGCACAGCCACUACAGAUACAAAUGUCAGGAAGGUGGAUGACAUGGUUAAAGCGAACCGACGUAUCACCAUCGAUGGAGUAGCAGCAGAACUUGGAAUCGGACAUGAGCGACCUCACAAGAUCAUCCACGACAUUGUUCGAUACAAGAAGGUAUCAGCACGAUGGGUGCCCCACCAACUGACCCCGACACCCAUGGAACAACACAUGGCGCCGGCUGCGGUGGUCUCGCGGUUCUAG